AGAAGAAAGCAUCAACAAGCUUGGGGCUUGAGAGAAGAGCUUCUCGCUAAUGCUUCUAUUUUCCUCCAUGACUCUUUCACGCCCCUCCUUCCAUGCUUCUCUCACUCCAGCAACUUCGGUUGGAACGCCAAAUGUAGAGAACAAAGUUCACAUAAGUAAACCUAAUAUUAUGUUUGAGGGGAAUAAAGAGAGAAUAAAAAAAAUAUUAAUAAAGUUGAACUGUCUGUAUCAAGUUAUGAUACAGCUUGGGUGGCAAUGAUCCCAUCACCUUCUUCUUCACAAGCUCCUUUGUUCCCUCAAACCCUAAAUUGGUUAUUAGAGAAUCAACAAAAGGAUGGAUCAUGGGGUCUUUCCAAUCGUGAUGAGUUGUUGACCAAAGACUCUCUCCUAUCUACCUUGACUUGUGUCCUUGCUCUUAAGCAAUGGGGUGUUGGUAAACAGCAAACUAAUAGAGGACUUGCAUAUAUUGAGUCAAACAUUGCUUCAUCUUUUGAUAACAAGCAACAUUCCCCAAUUGGAUUCGACAUCGUCUUCUCUCAUUUACUCGAGAAAGCCCAAAAGUUGGAUCUGAAUCUUCCUCUUGGAGGGAAAAGUCUGGAGUCAUUCAUCCAAAAGAGAGAAAUGGAGCUCCAAAGAGGCUGGACUAGAAGCAAUUUAGAAGGCUGGAAAGCAUAUUUAGCAUUUAUUUCAGAAGGAUUUGGAAAUUCUCAAGAUUGGGAAAUGGCUAUGAAACAUCAAAGAAAGAAUGGAUCCUUAUUUAACUCACCUGCCACUACUGCAUGUGCUUUCACACACCUAAACAAUACACAGUGUUUUGAUUAUCUCCGUUCGUUGUUAGAUAAAUUUGGAAAUUCUGUUCCAACGUGGCAUCCUUUUGACGCCUUUGCUCGAAUCUAUAUGGUUGACAGCCUUGAAAAAUUGGGCAUUGAUCGUUUUUUCGAAGAGGAAAUCGAUAGUGUGUUAAACCAAACAUACAGAUUGUGGCGGCAGGAUGAGGAUGAUAUAUUUUUGGAACCAACCACAUGUGCCAUUGCAUUUCGUUUACUACGGUUACAUGAAUAUGAUGUUUCUUCAGAUGCACUGAGUCGCUUUUCGAAAGACAAAUUCUGCAAUAGCCUUGAGGGAUAUUUGAAGGAUGUUAAUGCUGUUAUGGAGUUACACAAGGCUUCACAAAUACCUCUACUUUCACAUGAUCCAGUUUUGGAAGAAUUAAAUUCCUGGACAGGAGAUUUCCUUAGGGAAUAUUUGUCUUGUUCCUCAGAACAAGAUCACAAGCCUCUUCAUAAUAUUGACCAUGAGGUUCGUUUUGCUUUGCGAUUUCCUCAUCACACUUAUUUGGAUCGUAUGUUUAACCGAAAAAUAAUGGAGAAUUAUAAGGCUGACCAAAAGAGAAUUCUGAAAACAUCAUACAGUUCCGUGAAUCUCGCAAACAGAGAAUUUAUUGACCUAGCAGUGGAAGACUUCAACAGCUGUCAGCUGGUAAUUCGUGAAGAAUUCGAAGAAUAUAACAGGUGGUUUAUGGAGAGUGGAAUGGACAAACUCCAGUUUCCCAGACCAAAAGUGGCAUAUUCGUACUUGACAGCCGCAGGAACACAUGUGGAACCAGAGCUCCAUGAGGCACGUAUGUCAUGGGCAAAGAAUGGCUUGCUUGUAUGUGUUUCUGAUGACAUGUACGAUGUUUGGGGUUCUGAAGAAGACCAGAUAAGGCUUGUCGAACUCAUGGAGAAGUGGGACGUAGACAUCGAGAAGGAAAUUGUUCGGAGCCAGUUAAAAUAUUAUUCCUAGCACUGAAAGGAACAAUUUGUGAGAUAGCAGACCAAGCCCUUAAGAUUCAAGGACGAAGCGUGCUGAAACACCUGAUUCAGCUUUGGGUGGACUGUCUGCAAUCUUUCCUGCAGGAAGCUCAGUGGAGGAGAAACAAUUACGUGCCAAGCUAUGAGGAAUAUGUGCCCGUGGCACUAAUAUCAUUCGCCUUGGGACCAAUUCUCCUCCCAGGUCUGUAUCUGGUAGGACCUGAGCUUCCACAGGAAAGCAUUGAAAGUUACGAAUACAAUCGCCUGUUUGACGUGGUUAGCAUUUAUGGACGAUUGCUCAAUGACAUCAACGGCUACAAGAGGGAAAUGGAGCAAGGAAAACUGAACGCAAUAGCAGUGAGAGGGAGGGAGGGAUCAGGAAGUGAGGAAGAAGUGGUGAAGAAGGUGAAGGAAGAGAUUGAAGAGAGCAGGAAAGAGCUGUUGAGAAUGGUUUUGCAGAAAGAAGGAAGCAUAAUACCGAGCCAAGUGAAGGAUGUGAUAUGGAAAAUGGCCAGAUCGUUGUACGUCAUCUACAAGAAAGAAGAUGUCAUCCAUUCACGUGACUUGUCGGACGAGGUCAUCAGUAUCAAAGAUGCUGUUGUCAGCGAUCCUAUUGUUUUGAAAUAUGAUUAAUUAGAUAAAAAACCAGACAAAGAAAAUAAAAUGCUCAAGACAACAAGAUAGUGUAAGCUGGCCUCCUUUCACUUAUAUAAAUAAUGUAAGGUGGCCAAUACAAGCAUUACACAUAUACACAAAAUAUACAAGGGCAUAUUUGCAUAGUAUAGGGGCAAAGUCGAUCUUAUUCAUAUCCUAACUAAUUACAUAAUUAAUAAAUAACUUCAUUCUCUAA